AUGGGAUUUUACGAUUUGACCGCAAACACAAUUCACGGUGCCCCAUUCAACUUUUCAGAAUUAAAAUCUAAAGUAGUUUUAGUUGUAAAUGUAGCGUCAAAAUGUGGUGCUACGCCUCAGUAUGCUGGCUUAGAACAGCUGUAUGAAAAAUAUAAUAGUGGUGGUUUGGUUGUUCUCGGUUUCCCGUGUAAUCAGUUCGGUUCUCAGGAGCCUGGUAACGAGGAUGAGAUCGAACAAUUCUGUCGCUUAAAUUAUAACGUCAACUUUCCAUUAUUCUCGAAAAUUGAUGUAAAUGGCGAAAACACACACCCUGUCUAUAAAUAUCUAAAGGCAAAUAACCCAAACGAUAACGGUGAUAUUAAAUGGAAUUUUGAGAAAUUUUUGGUGGAUCGUAAUGGAAAUAUUAUCGCGAGAAAAUACACGCAAAAUAAGCCGGACGAAUUGGAAAGCAGCAUUGUGGAAUUGUUGUCACCAACUAGUAGCUAG